AUAGCUGCAGUAGCUUUGUGUUGUGGCUGUUGUUGUUGUGAUCGUGGCUGAGGCGGCUUUGUUGAUGGUGGCUGGCUGACUGACUGGCUGGGUGGUUGAUAUUGUUUGAAUAUUUUGAUUUGAUUACUUGUUUCAUUUCGUUUUGAAAAUUCAUAGUGGAAACAAGUUUUGCGCAAAAACCACAAAAAAAAAGAAAAAAAAAAACACUUCUCCAAAAAAAUAAAUAAAGCAAACGUAUCUGCUUAAAAUCGCCGUUCACUUUGUGCAAAUAUUGAACAAAAAGACAGACCGCAAGCACCACAGAAUUGUAAUUCGUUUGUUUGUCAUUUCUCACACAUUAGCCGCAGCGACGACAAGAACAACUACAACAACACCACCACCAACAAGAUUAUCUGAAACAUCGUUUAUUUGCUUCAUUGCAAAAAAACUUUGAUUGUUUCACUCCAAACUAUACCGCAGAACAAUUAACACAUCAAACCCGAGCGUCAGUCAAGCUUUGUUAACGCCGAGCAGCCAACCAACCAACCCUUGGAGUUUUUGUUAUGUUGCCAUAAUCAAUCAAAAAUUUCGGAAAAUUUAUUUCGCACUCUACCCGGUCUCCAUAGAAACAUUGGAAAAACAACAUUGCUGCCAAUUAUUUGCAUACACCUGCCUUUUCGUUGGCUCAUCGUCAUUCUAGCCGAAUAACGUUUGAAUCAAGUUUCGGUGGACAAGCAUUUUCGUCGUGCCACUGGUCUUCCAAAUUUGCUGCACAUCUCCGAGUCUAGCUGUCAUCAUCAUCAGCUACGUCCGCAGCCGUUUGUUGUGUCACAGCCAUUGCUGAUUUGUUUUUGGAUUUCUGGUAAUACCUGAACGCCGCUUGACCAUGUCAUUUUUUCGCAAAUGGAAAACCCACUACAAACACAAAAAAUUCACUUCAGACGAUGUCAUAGACGGUGAGGACUGGGGUCUGGGUGGCGAUAAGACGAUCAAAGAAUCUGGUGGCGGCAAAAAAGAUGCUGACGAUAUUAAAUUCAACUUUGAAGGUUCCCUUGAAGCCGAUGGCGAAGAAGAUAACAAGCCGAUCUUCCAAACGUAUGAACUGAAAUAUCUGGGCUGCACACCGAUUGAGAAUAAACGUUCCGAGAAAAUAACAUCGGAGGCUAUAAAAACUGUGAUUGCAAAUGCCAAAGCGGGUGGUCGUAAGAUCAAGACCCAGAAACGUGUGAAAGUCAUUAUCACAGAGGAGGGCAUUGAGGUGACGGAUCAUGUCAGUGAUGAAUCUUUGAUGCGUUUCUCGAUCUAUAAAAUUUCCUAUUGUUCUGUGGAUGCGGCCCAUGAUCAUGCCUUUUCGUUUGUUGGCUCGGAACCGGAUCCACUGUCGGAUAAGGAGAAAAUGUCUUGUCAUGUAUUUUUGUGUCCCAAACGAAAGAUUGCCCAUGAAAUUACACUACUGGUGGCCCGUUGCUUUGAGAAUGCCUAUCAAAAUUGGCGUGAUACUGUGGUGCAUCAGGUGAAGAAUCCCAUCAAUGGUGGUAUGACUGUUACCACCACCACAAUUGGUAAUAAUAACAACAAGAAUGAAAGCAAUAAUAUACUGAAGGAACAAAAUGGUAAUGCCGUCUUCCAAUCCAAAGCCGAUGUUCACAUCACCAAUCAUUUGGAGGAGAAGAAAAGUGAUAAUCCUCUGAUAGAUUUGGCCGCCACCGAUAGUGAUGUGCGAAAAUAUUUACAAAAUACAUGGGUAUCAUUCGAUGAUGAACCGGAGGGUUUUCAUUUGGUGGCAUGUUAAGGUGGCUAGUGGUGGUAAAAUAUUUAAGAUAUCUCAAUGCUUUGUCACAUCAAAUUUCCAAAAAAAAAAAUCUAUAAUGUUUAAAACUACAAUUUUCUGAAUGGGACUUUUUGGCGAAGAUAAGGAAGAUCAAUUUUUAUCAAAUUUAAGCUCAUUGUAAACGAAUUAUUUGCUUGACCUUUCCAGAAAACCUAUAUCCACACUACUCAAUUAAUCUCCCAAUGUGUUUAUUACAAUCACAAAAAUUUAGAAACGUCCGGAAUUUCCAUUCACCACAACCUAACUACUUUCUAAAUAUAAUUUAGCAUAAUCUUUUUUU